AUUGUUUGUGAGUUGUCUCGACCCGUUCGUGUUCUAUUCUGUUCGGUUCCUCUCAGGACGAGAGAACUACAAAUCGUCGGUCAGCAGCAUUUCUUCAACAGUCCUCCUUGUGUCACAGGUUAAAAAUGUCUGCCCGAGUUUUCGUUGGACACCUUCCACGUAAAGUGGACCGCAGAGAUAUCGAAGAUUAUUUCGACCGCAUCGGUAGGAUCCGCGACGUAGUUCACAAAGGGAACUACGCAUUCGUAGAGUUCGCAGAUGAACGUGACGCCCGAGAUGCCAUUUCUGAACUAAACGGUACAUCUUGGAAAGGCGAACGCAUCAUCGUGGAGCUCGCCAACCGGCGCCGCCGGAGCAGGAGUCAAUCUGGCGAUAGACGGGGCAGAAACCCACGCAGGAAGCCCGGUCGUAUCACAAGGGGACCUCCUCGUCGCACCGACUACCAAAUAUCAAUCAAGAAUCUGAGCACUCGGGUAUCCUGGCAGGAUCUCAAGGAUAUAUUUGGUGAAGUCGCCAAGGUUGUGUACGCCGAUGCCCACAACAAAAGAAGAAAUUAUGGCAUCGUGGAAUUCGACACCAAGGAAGAAAUGAAUCGUUGCUACGAGAAAUUCAACGGAAAGUCCUUUAACGGACGUAAGAUCGAGAUGGAGCUUAACGUCAAGACUCGGCACUCUUCUAGGUCACGGUCUCGCUCCCGCAGAUCAAGGUCACGAUCCUCUCGCAGUCGAUCCAGGUCCCGCUCCCGGAGCUCUCGUCGCCGCUCCCGUAGUGGAUCCGAGCGAUCUCGCAGCCGGAGCCGAUCGAGAGACCGUAGAUCUCGCUCACGCGAAGACAAUCGCGAGAAGUCGAAGAGUGUCGAAAAGAAAAGAGAAAACCGCUCUGAGAGUCCCCGAAAGGACAAAGACAGAUCGGCAAGUCCUGACGGCAUUAAGCGCUCCCAUUCUCGAUCGAAGUCCGCUUCUCGUUCAAGGUCGCGAUCUCGUUCCGCCGGCCAAAAACGAUCGCGAUCGCCCUCUGCCGAAGAAGAUCGUAGAUCCCGUUCGCGGUCAAGGAGCCGAUCACCAAAACGAGCGCGAUCCGACAGUCACUCCCCGGCUCCUAAUGGGAAAGACAGGAGCCGAUCUCGAAGCUCAUCGGUCGGAGCAUCUCCGGGUCGGCGAGAUGCGAACGACGUGAGUGCCUCCCGAGACUCGAUCGAAGUCUGAUUUCUCCUCCGAGUCUCAAUCUUCCUCAAGGAAACCUCGAACGGACCAGCGAACUCCACUGACCUUCGCGCUUCUUAUUGCAGGAUGGGGAUAAUUCUGCCUAGGAGGAAAACUAUGGCAAGUUUGAGACGGAAGAAGCGAACACCAGCGAGAAACGACAUCGCAACCGAGUCGACCCCAACGGCAUUAUAUGCGCUUUUCUUUUCUUUCCUUUCCCAUCCAUUUCUAUUCCAGCUAAACAGCUAUCAGUAUCACCCCAACCAUGUCGUUAUACAAUGCGAACCAAUAAAACA